AUGGCCGCCGACAUACAUGGACUCUACUUCUACUUCGACCGUCACGCAACCUGCUCCUACAGCAAGUCUCCCAUCACGCACGCCGUAUCCAAACCUCCCAUCAUCUCCGCCGCGGUAAAUAACAACAACAACAACAACAACAACAACAACAACACGAUCAUGACUACAUUUCUUUAA